UCCAUAGUUUCCAUGUGUAUGAUGCGUAUGCCCCGACCCCAGGAGACGAGCGUACAGCUGAACAGUUUCCAAAUGUUGGAAGAAUGGACGGCUAUGAAGGUUUGGAAGGGGAGAAAGUCUUGAAUUUAUCCCGAUUGAAUUUGGAUAACUUGGAUUUAGAGCAUGUGGGCGAAGAAAGGAAACGGGACACUCAGCAGCUGUUGCUGGUUUACAACAGAUUUAUUAUGCUUCCUGGUUCGAUCUGUCACUUUUCGAACCUAGUAUUUCUUGACAUCAGCUGCAACAGAUUGGCCUUUAUUUGUGAGGAUAUCCUCCGUCUUUCCAAGCUCAAGACCCUUGUUGCAAAAAACAACAGACUGGAUGAGUUCUCCCUUCCAAAGGACUUCGGGACCAUGUCCCUGGAGGUGGUUAACUUCAGUGGGAACAGAUUUGAGGAGUUCCCAAGCGAGUUCCUCAAUCUACAAAGACUACAGUCCCUCUCUCUGGGAGGAAACAGACUCAAAACAAUCCCCGCAGAAAUAGAACAUUUAACAAGCCUGGAGCUGCUGUACCUAGGGGGAAAUUCCAUUACUUCCAUUCCUCCAGAGCUUGCAAAUCUCCCGUACCUCAGCUACCUGGUACUGUGCGACAAUAGAAUACAGAGCAUCCCUCCACAGCUAGCACAGAUGCGCUCUUUACGAUCCCUGAGCCUCCAUAACAACCUGCUCACUUAUCUUCCACGCGAGAUUCUCAGCCUGUUCCAACUGCAGGAGCUCAGUCUCCGUGGCAACCCGCUGGUAGUGCGGUUUGUCAAAGAUAUGACCUACGACCCUCCUUCACUCUUAGAGCUGGCUGGACGCACGGUCAAAUCCCGAAAUCUCACCUACAAGCCAGAGGACUUGCCAGGGAACCUCGUCAGGUACCUGGAUUUGGCCAGCAAGUGCCCCAACCCAAAAUGUGGAGGUGUCUACUUCGACUCCUGUGUGCGUCACAUCAAGUUUGUAGAUUUCUGUGGCAAGUAUCGCCUCCCCCUGAUGCACUACCUGUGCUCCCCGGAGUGCUCCUCUCCCUGCAGCUCCAACCCGCAGAGCGACGCUGACUCUGAGGACGAGAACAGCGUUCCUGCACACAGAAUGCAGAAAGUACUGCUCGGCUAAGGGGGACAAGUUACACCAGACUCUCAAUGGGGAGGGGGAGGGGGGUUUACUGCCACCACCUAACUCACGUUAUGUUCCAGUUUUUUAGCGCUGCCUUUGCUAUUGUGUCAAAAAAAAAUUUCUCCCCUAAAAUUUAUUUAGUUUUUCUCUUAGAACAGUUUAAGAGUGAGUUUGAUGGGUAAAAAACUGACUAAAAAAAAAAAAAAAAAAAGUAUAAAAUUUCAAGCAGGCUUAAAAAACACACACACACACACACUAUUUUUUUUUUUUUUGAGAACCAAUCAGUGGAUGACAUAAUGUUUUGCUUUAUUCAGAUAGUACUAUUACUGUUAAAGAUUGCAUGCUAUGAUUGUUCACAAAGUGCAAAAGUGUGAGUUGCAGUGCACAGUGAAGAAAAUGUGCAUUUCCAGCUAUGUUAUGCGGGGACACUUUGUUUAAAUACUUGCCUAAAGUUUAACAGUGUAAUGCAUUCUAUAAUGAAAUGAAGCUCAUUAAACAGUAUCAUUUUAUGUUUUUUGUUUUUGUUUCUAAAGUGCCCUCAGACUAAAUUUUUUUUAGUACAAGUGAAAGCAUGGCCAGUCUUCACAAACAUAAGGUUGCUCAUGUUUCCUAACAGUUUGCUACAGAGACAGACUUAAUCAAGUCUCUUUAGAAACAAAAAAGCUCUCCUUUCCAAAAAAAGAACAGCUGCUGACAGUUCUGUCAAAGAAAAGAACUGUACAUACCCAGCUGGGUUAAACAGUGGUUAAAAAAACAAACAAACUUUGUACCAGUGUUUUUUUGAAGUCUGUUUCAAAGCUCUUUUCAAAAUGUUAGCUGUAGUGCAUAACAAUAAGUGCUCUGGCAUUUCUGUUCCGUACCACAUCAUGGAUUGUUAUUGCUGGGUUACCUGUUUCACAAUAUGGGCAAUAAUCCUUACACUAUCAGUGCACUAGAGCGGACAUUUUGAAAAGAGCUUUGAAACCGACUUUAAAGUUCUAAGUGUAAAAAGUUGUCAGGAUGUUAACAAUGACAAGAAAAAUGACAGGUAAGUUAUUUAAACACUUGUAGCAACACGUGAGGAUGUGUAACACUAUCUUUUUCAGAACAUUAUACUGUUAAUUUACAAACAACCAGAUUUUUUUUUUAUUCUUUAAUUUGUUUCCCACCGAGAAAUACAUCUGGCACAAAUGAAUGCUUAACCACUGUGGAUAUCAAUACAUUAUAAAUUUAUAAAGGCUGAUGUUACUUAUCAGUUUCGCCUUUUAAAUUUGUUUUUCAACAUUCCACUGGCCAAUUUUCACCUUGCAUGUUAAAAGGGAAAACUUACUAGAAACUAAUGGUAGAUUUGAUAAACCCACUCUUGUAAGUUAAUUUUUAUUAUAGCAUUUAAAAGCAAUGGUGGAUAUAUAUAUAUAAUUCCAGGAUAACCAGUGCUGUAGAAAACUAAUAAUAUCCAGGUAUAGGUUGAUGAAAUUGACCACUGAGUGUUUUUAAGUUAUGGAUGAGCCACCUUCUAUGCGCACAAAUUUUUUUUUUUUUUUUUUGUAAAUAGAAAAAAAAAUCACUGCCUAAAAAUGAAAGUGCCUGUUGUACAUUUAUAAAAAUAAAAAUGAAAAAUUGUUUUAAAUAACAUAUUUAUAUAAAAUUUGAAUAAUGCAGUUAGCCUUAAUGCAUGCCAUACAUUUUUGGAAUGUUCAUUAUUUUUUAAUAUUUUGUGUAUUGGGAAUUGAUUUUAUGUGAGUGUGUUUGUGUGCACCUGUCUUGCUAGAAUAUAGAAUGUUGAUAAUAUAUUACUGGCAUACAUAAUAAACUAAAAGUUUUCUGAACGCUUA